AUGUCAGCUCCAAGCCAGAACAAACUCAACAAGAUCGCCCACCAGGCCGAGGCGGACCUCAACACGUACGAGGCAAAGGUCGGACACGACUUCCGGACCGGUGCCAACUUCGACGCAGGCGUCGACACCAAGGCGGAGAACAAGUUCCCCGGCGCCGAGGUGCGGUACGGAGAGGACCUGACGACAGAGGUUGCGCGGGGACGCCAAGGCGACCCGGACGCUGCCGACAAGGAAGCGCAAAAGGCCAGGAGCAAAGGCAACCUCGGCCCCGAUAACGCGGUAGAGUCGAGGGAUGAUAGCAACGAUCCCCUCAAGCAGGGUUUGGAAGCCUCCCUGAACAACGUCGGCUCGAACCCGCCCGGUCCUGGCGGUAGUCAAUUCAAAGGCACACACUCCAGCAACCCCAGGGAUGUCCCGGGGAGGCUUGACGCUGAAGGCUUGGCACCGCCAAGCAGCGUGACUGAGGUGUCGGAAGAGGCGGCCAAGUCUGGCAGGUAA